CUCCUCCUCCUCCUCCUCCGCAGUGCACCGGAUCGGGACUGAAUGAAGUGAAAGCGGACCGGAGCUUUGUGUCCGUCCUGGGAAACAGUGCCGGCCGGGCAUGACCUACAUACCGCGGGGCUUAACGACACGUCCCGAGGACUCCUCAGCCCCGGAGCACCGGGGACGCUGACCUUCAUUUCAGAACUAUGCAAACCAGGAGCGUGCACGUGAAUCAACAACGUCCGUUUAUGCAAAAUCAAGAGAAGAGGGAAGAGGAAGACUCGAGGCUGUGCAGGCUGGAUGACCUUUGGUAAAGCUCUGAGGUCAGAGGGGGUAGAUUAGCCCAGCGUGUGACCUCUGACCCCCCUGAGGACUCUGUCACCGCCGGACUCUGCUCUGAGGAGGCCCCGAUGGAGCCGCUGGGAUCUAAAGUCGGACGAAGCCUUCAGGAAGCGUUGGUCCGCUGAUCGUCACCGUCCGCCGCCCCCGCCCGGCCCACCAUGAUGCUGAACUGCGCUCAGCCCCUCCCCCUCCUGAGGCACACCGACGUGCCGCCCCGGGUCAUCGAGAACUUCAUCCUGACCGGGUACCGCUUCCCCAACUACAGCCUGAGGGACUGCCUGCUGUCCGCCUUCCGGCCCACCAACGAGACCGGCAACUUCUGGACGCACUUCCUGCCCGUCUUCGUCUUCGCCUACUACUUCGUGGAGGUGUUUGGCUGGGAGGGCGCCCCCCGCAGCGACGCGCCCUUCUUCUACCCGCUGUGGAACUACUUCAUCGGGGUGUUCUGCCUGCUGAUGGCGAGCAGCAUGGCCCACCUGCUGAACUCCAUGUCCCUGGUGGUCCGGGAGGUCUGCUUCUUCGUGGACUACGGCACCAUCAGCGCCUACACCGUGGGCUCCUCGCUGGCCUACUACUACUACAUCCACCCGCGGGCGGGGAUCGUGGAGACGGACCCGGAGCCGGACCCGGACCCGGACGGGGACCCGGCGGGGGCUCCCGGGUCGUCCGGCGCCGUCCCGGAGUUCAGCGCGUUCUUUGACACCUUCUACAUCCCGUGCACCUGCGUCGUGGCCAUCAUCUGCGUCCUGUCCUGCUGCAACACCCGGCAGCGGUGGAGGAAGCACCGCUACAUGAUCCGCACCCUGGUCUUCCUGCUGCCGUUCUUCGUCUCGUCCAUGCCGGUGUUCUACCGCCUGCUCACCCGCUCGCCGUACUCCGGCUCGCCCUCGUCCCUGUCCUCGUCCGCCUCCAUGCCCGGCUUCUUCUACCGCCACUGCCUGUGGCUGCUGGUGUCGGCCGCCUUCAACAUCAGCAAGCUGCCCGAGCGGCUGGCGCCGGGCCGCUUCGACAUCUGGGGCCACAGCCACCAGUGGUUCCACUGCUGCACCUUCCUGUCCAUCCUGGACGAGCUGCACAUGAUCAAGGCGGAGGUGAGGGCCAUCCUGCUCAGCCCCGCCCUGCUGCCGCCCGCCGCCGCCGCCGCCGCCCGCCUGCCGGGCCCCACCGCCGCCUCCACCUACGGCGUGAUGCUGCUGCUGCAGACCACCAUCGUCUCCAUCAUCAUGUACUUCUCCUGGUGCGCCAGCCGCAUCUACGGCCCGCAGGGGGCGCAGCUGGAGGCGGAGCUCCGCCGCCGCAGGGCCCUCAAGGGCCGCUGACGCAGGGAGGAGGAUCUGCUCAGCUGAGGGUCCACCCGUCCAAGUCUUUCUGGGACACCUUCAUGGUCUGAGCUUGCCUGGACUCUGGACGUCUCUUCCUGCUCCCCUGAGCAGUGGGGUAAUAACUACUAGCUACCUCUGGGGGCUGUUCCUACCCUCCAGCUCCAAGGAAACAACUCAGAUCUUUCUCUUUUUUCUUUUCUUGUUGCACUUCCUGUUGUCCUUGUUGCACUUCCUGUUGUCCCGCGCUCCGGCAUCCAGGAGCCACACCUCCUCUUCCUCCUCCGUCUUCUUGCACAGUCUCACUUCCUCUUGUUCUGACUGAGCCGUUAAAGAGGAAGUGAGGCGACCUCACUAAUAGACGAGACUUCCUGUCUGCGUUGUUGUGAAGCACUUUCGGGGGGGGGGGCGGGCGGACCGGCCCCCACCUUCCAGAAGCCAUGCUCUCUGUGAGUUCCUUCAGAAUGCUGGAUGCUGGACCUGGUGGUCAGUGGUUCUUUGGGUUUUGGCUCCUCUUUCUUCUUAUCAGAUGUUUUGGUCUAUUUUUAGAUAUUUUAUUGAAUCUUUGACAGAAAUAAGCGCAACAUUUUAAAGGAAUACUCAGAAGAUUUUGGACCCACACCCUUUCUUUAUCUUUGACAAAGUGAGACUGCGUCCAGUGGCUGGAUCCCAGCUGUUAGCAUCAUAGUUAGCUUAGCUCAAUUGCUGAAAGUCAAUAGGAAACAGAGCCGGACUGACGAAAGUGGACAAAAUCCUCCUUCCAGUGG